AUGAGCUCCAGAAAAUCGCAUUUGUGGAAUCAUAAAAGACUCGACGAUGAGUGCUAUUUAGAUGGCAGCACAAGCUCGACCGAGAAGAUGAUCAGAGAAAACAACGAAAAACGGAGGUCACACGAGUUUGACGAUGUGUACACUGGUUUCCAAAAGUUUGCCGAGGUUGUUGGUCCACAAGGACUGCGAUAUAUUGUCAACAAAGAAAUCCACCAAUAUCGCCGGAUAAUUUGGGCUAUCGCGUUUCUUGGUGGAAUUUCAUUCUCUGUCAAUAUGAUUUACAAAAACACCAUACGUUUUUACAAUUAUCCAACUAUGAUCAAGCCGGUUGAAGGAGUCAGAGCUGAAUUUCCCAAAGUCACUAUUUGUCUCAACUCUAUGCACUCUCAUGAAUCGCUUGAACGGACCUAUCCUGGUUUAGCUGAGAUUCUUCCAAUUUACUACGGCCAAGCUGAUCCUUCCGAAGAAAUCUACAAACGAAUCAACAUGUCAUAUUUGGAUUCACUCGAUAUGCUCGAUGUCAUGACUGAUACAAUCCCUUCAUAUUACAUUCAGGCCUGCAUGUUUCAGAAAAGAGACUGCAUAAAUGAUUGGAGAUUAGCGUUAACGAUGUAUGGAUAUUGUCUUCAGCUUAAUCCCGCAACGACGGAAAGAGAAAGUAUACUUAUGAAUAGUACUGAUGACAACAAUAACGGAGGUCGAACUGCGUCCCUUUCACUUGUCGUUUCCUUCAACAAGUCCGACUGGUCAAAUAUUGGAUGGGCCAAUUAUCUGGAAGGCUUCACACUGUACUACAGUGCAGCAGAUGAUGAAGCGCUUGAACCUGCCAAGUCAAUCCUUCUUACAGAUGUCACCAGAGGAGUGCCAAUCGUUUCACUUAGACAGGUUCCAGAAUGA